AUGGUCAAAUUGCUCACUGUGGCCCUCGUGGCGCUUCCCCUCAUCGCGGCCGCCCCGAACCCCCUGCCUACGCCCCCCGGCGUGCCCUCCAAAUCGGAAGCAGAGAGUGAUCUGGCCGGGUUGACGGUCGCUGAGCAGGGCUCUGGCGAUGACUAUGACCGGGACAAGUUCCCUCACUGGAUUGACCAGGGAGACUCUUGCAACACCCGCGAGAUGGUCCUCAACCGCGAUGGCACCGACAUCGACAAGGGCUCCGACUGCUACCCGAGCAGUGGGAAAUGGGUCUCUUUGUACGACGGCGAGACUUGGACGAAGGCUUCCGAUGUCGAUAUUGACCAUGUUGUGCCACUGUCGAACGCGUGGAAGUCCGGCGCCGACGAGUGGACCAACGAACAGCGUGAGAAGUUUGCCAACGAUCUGGAGAACCCCCAGCUCCUCGCGGUGACCGAUAGUGUCAACCAGCAGAAGAGUGACAGCGGGCCGGAGGAGUGGAAGCCUCCUUUGGAAUCGUACCACUGCGACUACGCCAAGAUGUGGGUUAAGAUCAAGUCGAUCUACGAGCUGACGAUCACGGAGGAUGAGAAGAGCGCCCUGGUGGGCAUGCUGGAUACGUGCUAGUUCUUCUCAGUCAUUACGAGUGUUUGUUCUAUGGUCUAUACAG